CACCGCUCUGUACACCCACAGCCCGCCUGCCUGCACAUAAACAUUUCACAUUGUUUCCCUUCAGAGGCGCGAUGAUCGGGCACGAGACUAACCUCGAUCAGGACAUCUAUCAGGACUACAAUACUUCAUUCCCUGCAGUGAACCAAACAAAUGCAACACUAGAAGAGGAAGAAUGUGGAGUUUCUACCGAAAAUUUUCUGCACAUCUGUCUUCUGCCUUCUAUGUGCAUCGUUAUGUUGAUCUCGUUCUUGGAGCGCAGAAGCAAGGUUUACUCCUUUGAGGAGCGUUUCCCGUACCUCCGUGGCCGAUUCGGCAUCGUUGUGCCGCUGGACUUCACUGGAACACUGAGGAACCGAUGGUCGUACACGUUUGCCUUCAUAGCGGCAGCUCCACAAAUGAUUCAACUGAUCUUGGGGUUCAUUGUACCGUUUAACGUGCCAAAGUGGCUUAUAGCUCUCAUGUAUCUGGUGGCCGCAUUUGAGGUGGCCUUGGCUAAUCUGCCCUUUUUCGUCUGUCUGUCAACAACACACAGGGCAGUGGGAGGAGCUUUAGGCCUGUUAUACACACUUGUCUGGUUGUAUGUGGAAGUGUGGAAUGUCCAGUGUGCACACAAGUUCUGUGAUAAAAAUACUUUUGACGGUAGUCUGAUGUGUUAUGAAGAUUUAUUGCAGUGGCCAUAUUUGCUGUGCCUGGGGUUCCUCCUCUGUCGCUUUGGCUUCAUGUUGGCAACUGAAGUGAAGAAUUGCCUGCAAAAACGCAACAAGCAGGCAGAAGAGGAUGGGGUUCUUCAGUCUUGUCAGUACAAAUAUGUGCAAACACUACUGAGACGGCCUCCUGAACGGUCGUUGGAGAAGAGCUGGUUUAGAAGGAAGGUGUACGACUCGGAUCCUUAUUUUAAAUUCCCCAGCAGAAUGAUCACCACUGCGGUCAUCUCUCUUGUCGGACUCUACAUAUUCAUUUCAAGUGAGCUAGUUUCGUCUUCGUUGGGCAUCAAGAAGCUGUACACUCUAGUAGAGACACCCAGCUUUUGGACUGAAUACCUGGAUUACGCUGCAUAUGCCUGGUAUGUCUCAGCAGUCUUAGCUACACUGUCAUCCGUGGCUCACGUUGGUCACGUACUGAUAUGUUACAGGAAGCACAUGAAAAAGCUGCGGGCAGGUGAUAAAAGCUUCUUGCCAGCGAGGUUCCGAACGCCAAACUCUGCCGUUAGCAUGGUUGCCCUUGUGAGGUUCCCCGGCUGCCAGAUCGCCUACACAUUAUGGGGUUAUUUGAUCGUGCAUUUUGCCCUGUUUGUGUUUGGGAUUGUCUUUGUGUUUCUGGUGGUCAUCCCCAUCCGAGAAGAAGGAUUCCUCACCUGGCUGAUUGAUCUGAUCACCUUCCUGGCAAAUUUCUUCAUUGUGCUCAUCCUGCUGAAGCUGCAGGUCCUGCUGGUUCGGCUUUUCUUCCUGCAGGACAAACUGUCACCUGAAGAUAAACGGAAGCCCCUUGCGCUCAACAACAGGAAAGCCUUCCACAACUUUAACUACUUCUUCUUCUUCUAUAACGUGAUCUUGGGGCUGUGGAGCUGCAUCUUACGGCUACUGAGGAGCGCUUUCGUCAGUUUGUUGUUGGUGUCCCGCAUCAACCGGACCGUCAUGCCAAAGGGCUUCGAGCUGUUGGAUAAAGGCUACCGUACGUGGAUAGGAAUGAUAAUGGCAGAUCACUACCAUAACAACCUGGUUUUGGUCUGUUUCUGCCACCUGCUGCUCAAACGCACCCUGGAGAGACACACAGCAGCCAAGUCUUACUCCUGCGUAAACCAGACUCCAGCUAGUCCACUAGAGGUCAGAGUCCGCACCCGCUGGCUUCUCCUCUACACUCUCCUGAGGAACCCCCAAAUUAUCCUCCUGAGGAAACGCGAAAAACUCAAUGACAACCGGGAACAGCUGGCCGUAGUCUGGGCAACGAUGCAGACGCAGCAAGCGGAAGCAGCGGCCGUCGUCCAGUGUACUGACCCUUCACUCUUAGUGUAAAUUGUCCAUUUUUAAUGCAGUGGCCAGUUGGUGUGUAUAUAUACAGCAUAUCCAUCCUAAGAAAAUCGUAAUAUUGUUUUCGUUUUCAUUUUAAAACUAUGAAAAAACAAACAAUGGACCUACAGAAAUGGUUACUUUUACCAUUUUUUAAAAAUGUUUUUUUUUCUAUGUAAGUUACAUUAACAGAUUUUUUUCUUGUUAAGUUACUGUUUUACUGUCAACAAUUUAUAAUCUAGUGAAUUCUAAAGUGUGUGAUUAUUUCAGUAUUAGCUUGUUUUUUCAGCAAGAUUUGAAGUUAUUUUUAUGAAUUGUAUAGUGCAAGUUUAUCAGGUGUAUUUAAAAACCCUGAGAAGACUCAUCUGUGUUGUUUGGGUAAGGAUGUUAUAUUACAGCGCAAAAUGAAAGGAACCUCUAUUUUACAGAUUCUGUAGAGGCUCUGAAGUGUCUACCAUCAAUGUGAAGCCUAGUAUUAAACUGCUUAAAAACUGUUAAACAGCA